CAUCACAUUUUUCAUUACAACCCUCCCUCACAUGUUUCAUCAUCCGCCGUGAACAUACGGCUCUGAAGUAACACUUACCCCCAUUCUCUCAACAGUCUUAGCUACACAAUCAUCAACCGGAAUAGGGACAAUCUAUGGCGCUACUCUCCCAAUACUCAGCAACGUUUUCCUUGAAAGUAAAACCAAUAUCACCAUUGGUAUCUUUUCUUGGCAGCUCUGUUCAGAUAAAAAAAUCUAUUUCACUAAUAACGGUGCCUUCUUCUUCCUCUUCUUCUUCUCUGUUCCGUAUCCGCUGUUACUCUGCUCUCUCUGAGCGGCCCAUUAGAUAUGCAGUUCUUGGUGCUGGAUAUGCCGGGCUGUCUGUGGUUUGGCAUUUGUUGCAGGAAAGUCCCAAGGAGUCACACCUUUUCAUUGAUAUAUAUGAUGAAGUUGGCUUUGGUGGAGGCGCAUCUGGAGUAUCUGGAGGACUCCUUCAUCCAUACUCUCCUAAAGUUAAGCUACUCUGGAGAGGAGAAGAGUGUUGGAAGGAGAGUUUAAAUCUUUUAAGGAUAGCUGAAGAUGUAAAAGUGUCCAAAUCAUUGUACUUCAAAGAACAAGAAGAUCAUGGUCAGAUAGGAAAUGACUUUAUGGUUGGAAGAAGGAGUAUAUUGUUAUGUGGUUAGAAGUACAUUUUUAGAUGAAAGUGGAAUCCUGAGGCCUGCACAUAGUGUGAAGAAUAUGGAAAUUAUGAUUGAUUAGAAUGCUCAGAAAGGCCUCCCAAGCUGUAGAAUAGAGAGAAUUGAUAAAGAAGCUGCACAUGAGCUGAUUCCAGGUUUAUAUGUGCCUCUAGACCUGGCCUUUCACAUGCCUCAAGCUCUCACUGUAAAUUCCCAAUGCUAUCUUAAGGCUCUCUACUCAGCAUGCCAACUUUCUGCAAAAGAAUCUCCCAAUUCUGGCGGUGCACUUAAAGAGUUGCGUUUACACAAAAAACCCAUCAAUCGUCUCCUAGACCUAGCAGAUCUUAAAUUAUCAAAGGGUUUGUUAUGGGACAUUUCUUUCAGGGGAGUAUGAUGCAGUGAUAAUAUGUCUUGGUGCUAGAGCAGCUUUUCUCCCAGAACUCUCUGGAAGGAUCCCGUUGCGGACAUGCAGGGGCAUCAUUGCUCACUUGAAGGUUGAUGAUGACGUUAGAGACGGUUAUCCCGCGGACUCCCCCUCCAUAUUAUCUGAUGCAUGGAUUGCCUUUCAUGGCCCACAAGAUCUCCGAGUAGGUGCCACAUGGGACUGGAACUCGAGGAACUACUCAAGGGGGGUUUCUCGGGAGGAAGGUAAUAAAGCCAUAGAAGAGCUUCUGCAUCGCAAAGCUUCGGCAAUGUAUCCUGCCAUAAAGAAUAUGACUACUGUCACGGGUAUGAGUGGAGGCUUAAGGGCAGUUCCUCCACUCACACCUCAAGGAUCACUUCCACUAUUGGGUUGUGUUGAUGAGUUUGUGUCCGGGAAUCAAACGGAUAAUAAGUUUUGGUUACUUACCGGGCUCGGUUCAAGGGGUUUGUUGUACCAUGGUUGGGUUGGCAAGUUGAUGGCACGAGCCGUUCUUUCUCGUGACGAGGGGUUGAUCCCUUAUGAACUUAUUUCAUGGAAAAGCAUAAUAUAGAGCAUUGGUUUUCUAGUGUUUUGGAUUUAGGGGAAUGAGGAAAUAAAUUUUUGGAAAAAUGUGUGGCUUUCGAAAGGGUGGGUUCUCA